AUGCAGAACCCAACAAUCGAACUCCUUGAGAUUUUGGAAGACCCUGUUGUGGAUGUACAGCAUCUGAGGCUGUACGUCUACAAAAACGGCGUUCCUAACAACAACAAACUUCGUUCAAAAGUGUGGAAACUGUUACUCCGCUAUUACUCACCAGACCAAAGGACUUGGGUCAACACCGACCAAUCAUUUAUUAAGUUAUAUCGCAAACAAAGAUCGUUGUUUUACGAUACAGUAAAGGUCAGGUCGAACAGUCAAGACGUCUCCCCAGGGACAACACCAAAGUCUGAAGAACUUAUGAUGUCUCGGAUCAUCCGCACCGCCCAACAGUCCCAGACAAAGCUUCGAGAGAGUGAGGAGGGGCAAAUCGAAUUAGACGCUGAGAAACGAGACUCCCCCAAAUUGGAGAACAGAACAAUUAACACCAACCCAACAAAAGACGAGGAGGAGUUCAUAUUUAGGGACAAAAAGCUUGCAAAGAUCAUUGACAAAGACUUAGCAAGAACAAACGAUGGCGAGAAGAAAGCGAAGUACAACCCUGUUUUAAAGCGGAUUCUCAACAUCAUGAGUAACAUGCCAGGGGGUAUUCCUUAUGUACAAGGGCUCAAUGUCAUUGCAAAUGUGUUUUAUCACGUUUUUAUUGAUGCGUCGGACUCGUGUAGUGAGGAAUUAGCAGAAGUCUCUACAUUUUUCUGUAUGAGCAUGCUACUCUCGAAUAUCAGAGAUUGGUUUGAUCCUUCUUACGAUCUCAAACCAACUGGAAUUAGAGCGUCGAUGGGAAGAGUCAUGUGGUGCGUCAAACAGAAAAACAGUCGGUUGGCAGACACUGUGAACAAAAUGAUUGACCCGACGUUUUAUUUGUUCAGGUGGUUAUCACUUCUUGGAGCACUCGAAUUACCUAUGGAAGUCACCAUGCAGAUGUGGGAUCGGAUGUUUGUGGAAGUGCGAGGAAUGAGGUAUUUAAUUGCGUUUUUAGCUGCGAUGAUUCUUGAAGUAGAGUGCUCUGUGGGGAGGUUUGAAGACACGCUGAAGUUAUUACAGAACUAUCCAAUUAAAGACUUUGAGAGACUCCAUACCACAACUUGUCUAUUACUUCGUGAUGUGUUCCGAAUUAACCCAGCCAAAGUCGAUUGGAAUGAAAAGCCAGUUGGCUGUGUGCAAGGAAUGGAUAUUCCAGAACACAAGAAGGAAAGCUCUACGUUGGACACACCUCUUUUAAAGUUCUUUAAAGGGUUCAAAUAA